AGUAACUCAAGCCAACGCGUGACUAUUUGUUUACAUCCUGCAGUCUUCUCCUUUCGAAGGAUUCCCUUUGCAACCAAACUGCCAUUAGCUUUUUAAAUAAAGGGGGAAAAAGCAUACUUUUCCAGCAAUACCAACACUGAUUAAAGUGUGUUGGGUGCGUUUACCUCCCGAACAAUAAUGAUCUUAGCAGCAUCCGAUGAAACAUGCUAAUGCUAAAUAGCACAACACUGGCGUCUUGCAGCCAAAGAAGCUAGCACAAAGAUGCAACCUGUCGCGAAGCUGCACAAAUGAUAGGAAUUUGGACGAUGCUAAGGAAUGAACUAGGUGCUGGUCCAUCAUCAUGGCGUUGUCUGAGGUUCCUUGGGAUGAGGAAGUCCCCCUCCCCAGGCUGGGUCCGGUUCAGGCCAAGAUCACUGUGGCUCUGGUGGCAGUGCUGUGCUUUAUCAAUAGUUAUGAUGGGGACUUCGUGUUUGACGAUUCGGAGGCAAUCAUCAACAACAAGGACUUGAAGCCAACAACACCCUUGACUAACAUUUGGAAAAAUGACUUCUGGGGAAGCAACCUGAGCAGCAACUCCAGUCACAAAUCCUAUAGACCACUCACUGUCUUUACUUUUAGGUUGAACUACAUGUUGGCAGGCGGCCUGCAUCCCGUGGGCUUCCACGUGCUGAACAUCGCCCUCCAUGCCGUCAUUUCCGCCCUGAUGGUGGAUGUCUUCGCCCUGCUGAUUGGUGGACUGGCUUAUGAUGAAAAGACUCGCCUACUGAACCGUGCUCCUAAGACCUCCCUGCUGGCCGCACUCUUCUUCGCUGCACACCCCGUCCACACAGAAAGCGUGGCAGGCAUCGUAGGUCGGGCGGACCUGUUGUGUGCGCUCUUCUUCCAUCUCUCCUUCCUCACAUACUGUAAAGCUUUCAACAAAGGUGCGGACAAAGAUGGCAACUUUUCUGUGGGCUGGAUUGUAGUCAGCCUCUCGCUGUGCGCUGCCGCCAUGCUUUGUAAAGAACAAGGCAUCACCGUCUUGGGUGUAAACGCUGCUUUUGAUGUACUCCUCAUCUGUAAUGUUGACGUGUAUGAACUGAGCCAGAGGCUAGUCCUCAGGAAGACCCCUUUUAAUGCACGCGAGAUGCUGCGGACGGGCCUGCCUAUUCGAUUGGCCUUCAUGGCUCUAGGCGGCUUCUUCAUGCUCUACACCCGCUGGAGAAUCAUGGGAACUGGGCCGCCGGCGUUCACUGAAGUGGACAACCCCGCCUCGUUCGCAGAGAACAUGUUUCUUAGAGUGGUCAACUAUAAUUACUACUACGCCCUGAAUGGCUGGCUGCUGCUGUGUCCCUGGUGGCUGUGUUUUGAUUGGUCCAUGGGCUGCGUGCCGCUCAUUAAGUCAACCACCGAUUGGAGGGUGGUGUGGCCGCUCCUGCUCUGGUGCAUCCUGAUAGGCUUGGUAGGCCAAGCCUUGUGCUCACCAGACAGCCAGCAGAGAAGAACCCUAAGUCUGGCCCUGGUGCUGCUGGUGGUCCCAUUUCUGCCGGCCUGCAACAUCUUUUUUCGGGUGGGCUUUGUCAUUGCCGAGCGUGUGCUCUACCUGCCUUCAUCCGGCUACUGCCUCCUUUUGGCCUGCGCCCUGGCACGCUGCUGCCACCGCUGGGUGAAGUACAAGAAGAUAUUUUGCUUGUACAUCUUAGCCUUGAUGGUCACAUUUGUGGCUCGCUGUGCUCACCGCAGUCACCAGUGGCGGUCGGAGCAAAGCCUUUUCACCAGCGCACUGAACGUGUGCCCACUCAAUGCCAAGGUCCAUUACAACGUCGGAAAGAAUUUGGCUGACAGAGGAAACACCACGACUGCUAUUAGCUAUUACAGAGAGGCCGUCAGGCUGCAUCCCACCUACGUGCACGCCAUGAACAACUUGGGUAACAUCCUCAAGGAGAGGAACGAGCUGAUCGAGGCGGAGCAGCUCCUAUCCAAAGCUGUUUCAAUCCAACCGGAUUUCGCUGCCGCAUGGAUGAAUCUGGGUAUCGUGCAAAACAGUUUGAGCAAGUUUGAGCAAGCGGAGAGGAGCUACUGGAACGCCAUCCACUUCCGGAAGAAGUAUCCGGACUGCUACUACAACUUGGGACGCUUGUACGCAGACCAGCAAAGACACGUGGAUGCUCUGAACGCAUGGAGGAACGCGACAGUACUAAAACCGGAUCAUAGCCUGGCGUGGAACAACAUGGUCAUUCUACUGGACAACAUUGGUAACUUGGGCCAAGCGGAGAUGAUUGGACGAGAAGCUUUGAGGCUUCUCCCAAACGACCACACCAUCAUGUUUUCACUGGCCAACGUACUGGGAAAGCAAGAAAAGUACAAGGAAUCAGAGGGCUUCUUCCUCGACGCUCUCCAAAUCAACCCAAAUGCAGCUGGCUGCCAUGGCAAUUUAGCUGUGCUUUACCAUCGCUGGGGCAAGCUGGAACUGGCACAGAAACACUACGAGUUGUCUCUUAAGUUGGACCCAAAGGCCCCGGGCACACGAGACAACUACAACAUGCUCCGACGCAAACUGGACCAGCGCAAACGCCACACACCCUGAGGGUACGCCCAUCCGCUGCCGACAUCAAACACUCCUCUUCACAAUCCAACUGAUUUUUACAUCUAAAUUAAAGGGUGGUUUCCUAGCUCC